AUGGAAAUGCAGGGACUGCAGAAGAAGGUUAAAGAAUUAAAUGAAACAAACCAAGAAAUGUCUAAAGCUCAGGGUGUUGAUCCCAACGAAUUCUCAGAAAUCCAGAAGGAUUCGAAAGAAUUGAAUGACCGAUGGUCGACACUUGUUAAACAGAGUAGUGAAGAAUUCAGAAGGCAACCAAAGAUAACGAAUGCGAAGGUGAAAUUUGGAAAACAGACGUUUACAAUGACAAAGAUACCUAAGAAUGAAAAUGUUGUUCGUUAUAAGAUACUUUAUCAAGAAAUUGUUAAGUUAAUGGAGACUUUGGUGAUAAACAUUAAGACCAUUAAAGAUUAUCCUGCAAGCGAUGCAUCUGCUGCUUUGUUAAAGCAAAGUAAGCUCGAUAUGGAUACAAUUCAAGAAAAGAUGGGCGAACUACAAGACCGUCGACAGAAUCUCUCCGAGUCUGAUGGUUUGAGUCCAAACGAUUUAAAAGAAAUUGAAAAUGAGUUUGAAGAACUUCAAUCGCAAUGGAAUGAUGUGAAUGAUGAUUUUAAAAAUGAAGAUGAAAGAUUAUCAAGUGUUGACAUCAAUGUGGAAGAGAAAGAAACACUCGAAGAGUGGCGAAAGAAAUGUGUCACCAUAAGUGAUUGGAUGGACUCAAUCGAAGAUCUUGUUGAACAUCUUGAAUCCACGGAACCUUCUGAAGACAUUACGUCAUUACAACAGCAAAUCAAUAAUUGCAAUCUCUUGAUUGGAAAGGCAAAAUCGGAUGACAUACCGAAUUCUACGUUUGAGCAUGGUGAUGCUAUUGCGAAAGGCUCUGUAUUGCCAGAAGAAAAGAAGGAAAAGGUCCAACUGCAGAUCGCUGAAAUGCGUAGUGAAAUCCAGAAAAUUUGUGACCGUGUUACUAAUGUUAAGGAGAGGUACAGCGAUGCUUUGGAUACAAUAUUAACGGAAAAGAAACAAAGAUACACAGAUCUGUUAGAGAUCUUUAAACAACUGGAUGUUGAUAUGAAAGUUUUGAAGGAAAAGGAUGAUGCAAUUGGUAAAGUGGAAGGUGACCCGGCCACAGUUAGAGCAAAGGAAACAUCAAUUGAGCUUCUUGUUUCAGAUAUUCAAGAAUUUCAACCUCGCUUUGACGAGUUUCGUCAAAAUUCAUGGGAAGUUUUAGAAGAUCCUUCAACUGACCAAUCAGAAAAAGAUUAUCUUCAGAAUAAGUUAACAUCGUUAGAAGAACGAUGGAAUGCUCUUAUUCGAUCUGUUUCUUCACGAAGUGAAACUGCAAAGAAUCUGAUCGCUAAACUUCCUCAAGCUGGAGCUUUGGAGGAAUUAAUCAUUGUUGAGAACAGACAUCAUGAUAUAUUCAUUGACUGGAGUACACAUGAGGAUAUCUUUGGAUCACCCGAUAGAUCUGAUGGAGAUGACGUCAUCCAUCGUGAACGCUUGAUGACAAAAUGGUCACGUGAAUGUCGCGAGUUGAACGAACCUUUGUCGGAUGUUGAACGAGAGAAUUCGGAACUUGGCGGAAUGUUAAACGAUGACGAUAAAACGGCCAUAGAAACAAAAAUGGAGGUGAUCAAGAAUAGCUUGCCUAAGGUUAACAAAGAAUACAAUGAUCUGCCUUACUUUGGAAGUCUUCUCCUGAAUGAUCCAAAAUUGACCGAGGAAGAUCGUGAGGUGAUUAAAGAAGACUUGGAUUCACGCGAGGAAUAUGACUCGGCCAACUUUUUUAUGAACGUACGAUCUUCUGUUUGCAGAAUCAAAGGGAAAAAACCUCCAAAACCUAUAGACAUUAUUUCUGAGAUAUUUGAGAACGAAACAAAAGAUAAUGACGUCAUUAUUCCAGAAAUCGUAAUGACGGACACUUUUGAGGUGCCCGAAACCAAAGAUUAUGACAUCAUAGUUCCUGAAACUGUCAUGACGGACACUUUUACCGAACCAGAAACAGUAGAUAAUGAUGACAUCAUUGUUCGUGAAACUGUGACGACAGACACUUUUGAGGAGCCUGUAGCUUUUGAUAUAACUAAAAAGAUUGAUAAAUGGUGGACUGAUGAUCGCAAUAUUGUUGAUUGGAUGGAUAAAAUGAAUGAACGACUAGAGAUGGUAAAGAGUCAGCCAAUGAGCUUGGAGAUCAGUGCGAUACGUGAACAACAUGAAGAGGUUGAGAAGUUGACAAAGGAUGUCAGUGGAUAUGAAAUGAACGUCUCAUCGUUGGAGACGAGUGCAAGCGAUAUUGGGAGUGAUCCGAUGAGUCACGAGAAAGAUUGUAACAAGGUUAUGGGUGAAAUGAAGACAGUCAUGGAUCGUUGGAAUAAUUUGAAAGAAAAAGCUUUUGCUUUCGAGAAAAAUCUUGAUGAACAGGUGAAUAAAGUUCAAGAGUUUUCUACUUGGACACAGAAAUCUGAAGCUUUAUCUGUUUGGUUAACGGAAAAUCAAGAAAAUCUCCACUCCUGUCAUAUUGAUAGCGAAGAACAAGAGAAAGUAUUCUUUGAAAACUUUAUGAAUGAACGCGAGAAAAACGAAAAGAGGGUGAACGACGUCAUCAAUUAUGGCGAACAUGUCGUCAACAAGAAAUUAGUUCCUGAUCAAUGUCUUGAUGACAUCUCUGAAAAAGUUGAAGAUUAUCGUUUUCGAUGGAACGAGCUAUUGAAUUUCGCUUUCGACGUUAGGAUAAUGAUCGGUGCUGAUGACUUGGACAAGAAGCUGCUUGAAAUUGAGAAGGAGAGAGAAGAAGAUCAAAGGAAUAUAGAUGAUUGGCGAAAGAAUGCCGAUGGCCUCAAACAAAAACUGGAUGAAAUUCAAACCAACUUGAAGAUAUUUGACGAACCAACGGACGAUGAUGAUGUAAAGGAAAGACAACAAAUAAUUUUGAAUGAAUUUGAUAUCAACAAACCAACUCUAAAAGAUGAUCUUGAUAAAGUUUUAAACGAUGGUUCGAUAAUAAAAGAUAGGAAGAUCACAAGACCUCAAGAACAACAGGAAGCAAUUGAAACUGAUCUUCGUGAAUUACCAACAACAUGGAGUGACAUCCUUGCCAAAGUAGACCAGGGUGUAAAAAUAAUUGAGAAAGACAAAGAAGACGAUCAAAGGAAUGUAGAUGAUUGGCUAAAGAAUGCCGAUGACCUCAAACAAAAACUGGAUGAAAUUAAUAUCAACUUAAAGAUAUUUGAUGAACCAACGGACGAUGAUGACGUAAAGGAAAGACAAAAAAUAAUUUUGAACGAAUUUUAUGUCAACAAACCAACUCUAAAAGAUGAUUUUGAUAAAGUUUUAAAAGAUGGCUUCAAAUUAAAAGACAGGAAGAUCACGAGACCUCUAGAACAGCAGGAAGCCAUUGAGACUGAUCUUCGUGAAUUACCAACCAUCUGGAGUGACAUCACCGCCAAAGCAGACGAUGGUGGAAAAAUCAUUGAGAAGGAGAGAGAAGACGAUCAAAAGAAUGUGGAAGAUUGGCUAAAGAAUGCCGAUGAACUCAAACAAAAACUGGAUGAAAUUAAGAUCAACUUAAAGUUAUUUGAUGAACCAACGGACGAUGAUGAAGUAAAGGAAAGACAAAAAAUAAUUUUACACGAAUUUGAUGUCAACAAACCGACUCUAAAAGAUGAUCUUGAUAAAGUUUUAAAAGAUGGUUCGAUAAUAAAAGAUAGGAAGAUCACAAGACCUCAAGAACAACAGGAAGCAAUUGAAACUGAUCUUCGUGAAUUACCGACAACCUGGAGUGAUGUCAUCGCCAAAGUGGGCGAUGGUGUAAAAAUAAUUGAGAAAGAUAAAGAAGACGAUCGAAAGAAUGUGGAAGAUUGGCUAAAGAAUGCCGAUGACCUCAAACGAAAACUGGAUGAAAUUAAGGUCAACUUAAAGAUAUUUGAUGAACCAACGAACGAUGAUGACGUAGAGGAAAGACAAAAAAUAAUUUUGAACGAGUUUCAUAUCAAUAGACCAACACUAAAAGAUAAUCUUGAUAAAGUUAUGAAUGAUGGUUUCAAAUUAAAAGAUAGGAAGAUUACAAGACCUCAAGAACAACAGGAAGCCAUUGAGACUGAUCUUCGUGAGUUACCAUUAACAUGGAAUGAUAUCGUCGCCAAAAUAAAAAUCGUCGAAACGGUUGAUUACGAAGCCUGGAGGAAUGAUGUUAAUAAACUUGAAGGAUAUCUUAGUAAUGAGGAAGAAAAGUUUGAUCCGAAAUCUGACAUACCAAAGGAGUUUUCAAGUUUAGAAAUACUGGCUGAAAACACAAAGAAUUCCAGCUCAGUAAUUGAAAACGAUUGUAAACCGUUGUUGAAUGUGAUUCUGAGAGAUGGUAAUAAGCUCGUUACUAAUGAACAACUUGAACCAAAGGAUGAAACUGAUGUGAAAGACAAAAUGGCGUUGUUGAAAGACAGAGAGGAGAAAGUUGAAACAGUUGUUGAAAUCGUAAAACUUAAGAUUCGAGACGUUGCUCUUGGUCUUUUCAAUGAAGAUCUAAACAAAUAUUCAGUGAACGCCAUCAAACUUCACGAAACUGUAUCUUCCUUACCUUCUGUCUCAAAUGAUUUGGACGGAGUUCGUGAUAAGUUGGCAACAUUAAAGUCUGUCGAAGAGCAAAUCAAAUCAGAGGAAGAAAAAGUUGAAGAGACCGAAAUGAAAAUUGUCAAAAUGGAAGAUGCGGGUAUUUUGCCCCGUGACGGUUUUGCCGGUACUUUAAAUAUCAGAUGCAGAGAAGUAAAAAAGGAACAAGAAAACGUCGGUAAAGCUAUCGCAGAAGUCAAACCAAAAUUACACCGCAACUUAGUUGAUCUGAUAAAUCGGUCGUUGAAGAUCGUCAUAAAAUGGCUGAAAACCGUCGAAAACAAAGAGAAAAACAUUGAUGAUGUUUCCGAUGCGCAAAGUCUUAAAGAAGUCCUCGAGAAGGGACGCAAAUUGAAGGAUGCUAAGAACGAGUUCAAUAAUGGCGAAGCAAACUACUUAAGUGUAAAAGAAGCUCAUCAAGAAGCUAUUGAAGACAAGAUUUUACCAAGCAAGAAAGCUGUCGAUUUUGAAAAACAAUUAAAUGAUGCUACAUCUCGCCACGACAGCUUAAAGAAACGCUUGGACGAUAAAGAGAACAAGAUUGUGGAAUCUUUGACUAACUCCUGUGAAAUUAUCUUGAAUUCCAUUGAUGAUAAACUAAAUGAACAAGAACCGUGGUUUCAACCUGAUGACAAAGAUGACAAUUUCAUUGGUGAGGAAGAACAACAGGAAAAAACGAAGAGUCACGAUGCGAGGAUUCAAGAGCGCAACGAUGAUUUGAUGAACAAACUUCGUCCUGUGGAGGAUGUUAUCUCGGCAGAUAUAUUACAAUGUGAAGGAAGGUUAUGGAACGUUAUUGCUUCAAGAAUUGGAAAACGUAAAUUAUGGCUUAAUGAUCACAAGGACGACAUUUCUGCCAAAGAUGAAGACAUAAAAGAUUAUGAGGACUUCAAACAGAAGUAUGACCAUCAUAAGGAUUUUAUUCGUGAACUUGAUGAUAACAAUAUCGAAGUAUUGAUCAAAGAAUCGGAAAAUGAUGAUAGCGUUCCACAAGAAAUAAAGGACGAGUUGAUACAGUUGAAUGAAACAUGGCUUGCCAUAAGAGAUGUUCACAAAGAUGACGUAAAUUAUUACGAGGAUCUUUUAGGUUACUGGACUGUCUUCAGAGAGCAACAACUGAAUAUGCUUAACUGGAUUGAUGAGAAGGAUUUAUCGAUUGGUGCUGCUGACAAAAAUCAAAUUAACUACGCUGAUGAAGAAGAGGUUACCGAACAAUUGAAAAAAUUCGAGACGAUAAGAGAUGAUGCGAAUACCCAAGGUAAUGAACAAGAGAUAAAACUGCAAAAAGCAAGUGAAGACUUACUCAGUCAACUUCCUAACGAAUCAUCAGCUACUAUUGUCAUAAAUAAUCAAGUUGGUGAAAUUAAAUCAGUGAAGCAAGAGUUAAUGAAUGAUAUCCAAGACAGAAUUAAAAAGAUUGAAACUGUCAAGAAGCUCACUACGGAUUGGUUUAGAAAUGUGGAUGACGUUACUUCGUGGCUCGAUACCACGGAGAGUCUGAUUAACACGUAUGAAAGUCGCGAAAAAACACGUGAUGAUGAAGAUGACUCACGUGAUCAAGAAGCAUCCAAGGAUGAUGGUAUCAAGGAAGAGAUUGUUCAUGUUGUUGAAGAAAUUUUGGUAAAACAAAAGGAACUCCCUGAACGAGAGACACAACUCAACAAUGCGGAAGACCAUGUCCGCCAUCUUGGUGAUGAUUUGGAUGAAACGACCACAGAAAAUGCCACAACUAAGAUUAAUAACGUCAAACAGCGCUGGCAUGAUGUCACGCGGAGAUUGAAGGAGUUCUGUGAUCGAGACGUUCCCGAAAUUGAAAUUGCUGCAAUCAAAGCGGAAGAUCUGGAGUCUCUUGAUGAAACAGAUCUCAAUACAGUGUUUCCAAUUGACAGAUGGCGAGAAAAAGUCAGAAAAAUUAACCUUCUGUUGAAUUACGUGGAUAGAUUGCUAUCCGUCAAUGCUGAUGUCAACAUUAGUUAUCCUAUAAUAAGAAUUUUGGCAUCAAACUCCAAGGAAGCGACAAAGACGCUGUCCUUAUACUGCAAGCGUAGGGCUGAAGCAAUAUCGUUGGAAGGAUACAACAUUAUUGACAAUGAACCUCAUAAAAUAGAUCAAGGAGAAGAAAUCACGAGUACCAUAGACACCAUAUACAAAAGGAUCGAAGUCUUGGAAACGAACGCUGAUCUCUUGAAACUUAAAGUUAGCGAUAUGAUGCUGAAGUAUUUCAACGAUCGUUUUAACGAAUGUGAAAUUAAUCUCGAGAAAGAAGAGGAAAGCAGAAAUUCUUCUGGUUUCUAACAUGAUCUUGUCUCGACACAAGAGCAAAUGAAGCAAUUUAAAGAGGUCCAGAGUGAAUUCGAAAAGAAUAAACAAUCAUACAAUGUCACUCUUGAAGAAAUUAAUGAUCCCAAGAUAUCGGAGUUCGUCUCGAAGCAAGGAUUUCAAGGGACUCUCGAGGAUAGAAGUGAGAAUAUCACAAAACGACGUGAUGAUGUAGAAAAGAAACUGAACGAAUGCGAAACAAGCAUUCAUCGUCGUCUCCUAUCCUUUUUCAAUGAUUUAAAGAAGACCGUCUCAAAAUGGCUGACCUCUUGUGAGAGAAAAGAAAAAAAUGUUUCCAUUGAUCCGACGCCAUCACACGAUCCUUUAGACGAAUACAUCAAGUUAAAGUCUUUGCGUGAAGAAUUGGAUGAUGGCGAGAAGACAUAUGAAACGACCGUCGAACUUAAUCAACAGUUAUUGGCUGAUAAUGUUUCGUUCGGAUGGAGGUUUGUGAGCAACGAGAAAGAAAUGCAAGCAUUUGCCACAAGACUUUCUGCAUUAAGGAAACGACAUAAUGAUAAGAAAGAUGUUUUGUAUAUUUUGCUGUUGAAUCUUUCACAAACAAAGUUAGAUGACGUGGACAAGAAUACAGCUGAAGUUGAAAAAGAAAUUGAACAAAUUACUAUGUCCGACAAAUAUCCUCAUGUUGAAUAUGACUUCCAAAAUGUCAAGAAACGUCACGAAGCACUUAAUAAAAGCAUCGAUGAAAACAAAGAUUCAUUACAAGAUGUUCAAGUCAUUGUUUUUGAGAACGUCUUUAAUAAUGAAGACGAAGAGAAAUUCGACGAACGUCGCUCUUCAUUGAAGGGGAAAUGCGAUCGACUGUCGCAAAAAUUGGACGACAAAUAUGACAAUUUCGUGAAGCAAUACAACACGAUCAUUGAGGAAGAAGUAAAAAAUCGUAAAUUAUGGUUGGAUGAAAAUGAAUCUUGGAUGAAGAUAACUGAUAGUGAUGUUUAUGAUCUCGAUGGAUUUUCUAAAAAACUGGAUGAACAGAAGAUCUUUCAAUAUGAGUUAGAAAGGCGGAAAAUGGAGGGAUUUUUGAAUCAAGCAAGAAACAACAGGUCGCUAUACCCUGAUACUAGAGUCACUAUUUACGAUCUUCAUAACAAAUGGUGGAUGAUAAACAACUGGUCUCAAGAUAGAAUCCAAAAUCUGGAUGGUAUUAUCGAGGAAUGGAAAGGACUUCAAGAACUUGAAAAGGAGUUUGUUGUUAAAAUUGACGAUAAUGACUCACGGUUAAAAUUAAUCUCUGCUCCAGUUGAUUUAUCUGAUAAUGAUGAAACGAAGAAUCAACGAAAUGAACUGAAGGCUCUUCAGUCCGAUGUUCAAGAGCUUGGUAAUGAAGUAGUGGAAAUGGAGAGAUUAUCUAACAAUUUGAUCAAAAAAGUUGGAGCCGACACCGAAUCCGGUAUACGCAUCGAUAAAGAAUUUGAUGAUGUUAAAAAAUGUCAUUUGAGCCUUGGUAAUGAUGUAUUGACGAGGAUAAAGAAGCUUGACGACAAUGAACGUAAGACGAAAGCAUUGUACGAACAAAUAGACCAGAUCAACGACACCUUGGAUGAAGAUGAAGAUAUUCUUAAAACUUUGCAUGAUUUACAUCCAACUGACGAAAAGAAAGAUUCAUUAAAAGAGGAUGAAAUCAAUGGAAAUGAACAACAUCCAGACGAAAAACCUUCAUCUGAAGACUUGAAUAAACAUGUUGAUCAAAUAUCUCUCCGUUUAAGCGAAAAACCUGAAGAAAAGGCACGAGUCGAUCAUGUUAAAGAACUGGAAGCUAGUCUGGAAGAUGAUUUGAGUCCUCAAGCAAGAGAAACUCUGCAGAAGCAAGUUGAAGAUUUUGACCUUCGUUGGGGAGACAUCUGGGGUAAAAUGGACAACGCUGUAAAGGAAAAUAACAUUGCUGAAGAAGCUAUAAAAUUGCAAGAACUUAGUGAAGUAGCAACAUCCCCCGACGAAGAAAUAGUCGACUUUAACGUGUGGAAAGAUGAAAUUAAUGAAAUCGAUGAAGCUAUGUUGAAAUCACGAAAUGAUCUUCGAGAUUACAAUGUUGAUGGGAAAGACUUCGUCAGUUUGAAAAAAUCCGAAAGCGAAACAAAGGAUGCUAUUGAUAGGAUGAAUGCGGAAUUUAAACCCAAGCUGUUGGAACUUCGUUCUUCGGGGGAAAAAAUCGCCAAACUAGAUCCCAGUGUCAAUUCAAAGGAAAUCGAUGAUGUUCUCGACUCAUCGCAAAAACAUCUUGAAGACCUCCAAAGUGCUUUACACCUUCGAAAAUUAAGACUCCAAGAUACUGCGUCACAAUAUAUGAAUGAAAGGAUGCGAAAUUGUGAAGCAAAUGUUGGUGAUGAAAAAGUUCAAUUACAGCUGAUCAGUCGACCGGGAGAUGAUUUGAAUAUUCUCUUACAUCAAUUGACGAUAUUGCUGGAAAAUGAAAAGAGUUUUCAGACGAACCAAGGUGAUUUUGAAGAAGUUCAAAUUCAUUUAAACGAAAUAAAAGAAAGCAGGAUUUUGACGUUACCUGAAUACAAUCAAGAUCACCAAGAUGAAUGUGAAGAUAUAGCCAUUCAGCGAACACAAAUCUAUAAACAGACACGCGAAUACAAGAACAAACUCCACCGUGCAAUCUUCAACGUGUUUGAUCGUCAAAGAAAGGAGAUUGUCAAGUGGUUAAAAAUUUGCGAGAAGAAAGAAAAAGAAAUUCCUAAUGAUGUUGAAGAUCUUGAUGAAGCUUUGAAUGCGCUGAAGUUAUUUAUAGAAGCGAAUGAUGUGUGGAAGGAAGGAGAGCCGAAUUACCAAAAGACUCUCGAACUUGGCAAGGUUGUGUCAGAAAACGAAAUUUUGUUUGAUAAAAAAGUCAAAGAUGCAGAGAACGAUUUAAAGAAUUCAACCUUGCGACGUAAUCAGAUUUCGGAGGAUUUACAACAAAAAAAGGACAAGCUAUCAAAGACUGUUCAUAAUCUCUUGAGCCUUGAAUUAGAGAACAAAGACGCUGAACUUAAAAAGGGAGAAGACGUUGUUGCCUUGGCAUCCCAUCCUGACGAUCCCGUUGCGUCUCUUGACCAUCUAGCUUCUUUAAAGGAGGUUCUAAAAACUUCUGACCAGUUGAAAGAAGACACAAGAAUAUUAUACGAGAAAGCUGAUGUUCUAUUAAGUUCCGAAAUGUAUCCGCAAGACGAGAAGACAGCACUGCGACGAAAACUGAUAAUCGUUGACAAUAGAGCUUACGAUUUACCACAAGCAUCGAAAGAUAAAUAUGAAGAAGUCUACGAUUUAUAUCUUGUUCAUCUUACGAAGUUGAUUGAAUUACGACGAGAAUGGAUUGAAAAAAACGAGCCUCGUUUGCAGGAAGAUAAAACGACAGAUGCUUUGGAUAUUGUUGAUUUGCAGACUAAACUAGACCAACAUGAAGAUUUUGAGAAAGAAUUACAGAAGAACAGCGUUCGUCAUGUUUUGGAUCAAAUUCGCGACGUUAGCGAAGUAAAUGAUAAGAUUGCAUUGUCAGAUUUGACGAGUUUAGAAGAGAGAUGGAGUAAGUUGAAGGAUUGGUCCAGUGAAAGAAAUGUCUUUCUUCAAGAGACCUUAGCAAAAUGGAAAACGUUCAAAGACAAAGAAGAAGCUCUUAUUGCAUAUAUCGAUGAAAAACAAUCACUAUUGAAGGAAUUAGACGCUCCUGUGAAUGUGGCAAAUGAAAAUGCUGUAGACGAAAGAUUAAACGUUUUGAAGAAGUUAAAUUCCGAAGUUAAUCGUCAUCGUCCCCAAAUAGAGGAUGUCACGCAGUCCGAAACACUAUUGCUUGAAAAUUUGACGCCUGAAUCUGAUGGAUGUGAUCAAGUGAAGAAACAGCUGAAUGAUGUUGAAGAUUCUUGGAAGAAGCUAGAGCGAGACAUCAAAGAGAAAAUUGAAUCGAUGGAAAAAUCCAAGCGUACUCACAAAGCCAUACAUUCAUAUUUGAAAUACGUCACGGAGUGGCUUGAUGAUACUGACGGAAAACUUAAAACUAUCGACGAAACUGAAGAAAUUAUACCACAGAAAGAGAUCGAAUCGUCUAGUGUUGAUGGAGCUCUCGACAAGGAACCUGAUGACGAGUCAAAGCAGGAUGAUGUCACUAAAGAUAAGAGUGAAGAUGUGGAUGUUAUAAAUGUAAAGGAUGAGCAAACGAUAGAGAGACUGGAACGAUUGAAAGAUGAUAUUAAGGUAAAUCUCCGUACGAUAGAUCUAAAUAAAGUCCGCAUUGAACGUGUCCAACUUUUGGCGUGCGAAGUAAAGGAAAAUUUAGAUGAAGAGGGCAAUAAUAACAUACAGAAAGAUAUCUCUGUUAUCAGUCAAAGAUAUGAUGUCAUUGAAAAUCGCCUCGAUAACAUGCAACUAAAAGAAAUUCCCCAGAUACCCAUUAUUGAAACUGGACUUGUCACUACCGACGUUCCUUCCAUAACAGACAUUGAAAUGUCUUCAUCUCUUGAGUCAUCAUCUGAUAUAAUGGAAGGCAUCUCUCCAGUUGAGCCCGCGCGACCAGAAUUAAAACCUUUGGUUGAACCGUACGAUGAUAAAAUAACUCUAGAAUUUACAAAAUGGCUGAUUAUUGUCAAUAAUCUUCGAGACUUUCUCCACAACAUGCAAAUGAAUAUUCGCGAUAUCGAUAGCGGGAACUAUGAGGACAUGAAGGAAUGUGAGGUGGAUACUAAGUUGUGUCUAGAUGCCAUGGAGGCGUAUGGUAAACCUUGUCUUAAUGAUGUGCUGCUUUCCAGCAACGGAAUGCUUCUAUCCCCUGAGUACACGGACUUUGAAAUUAAUGAAAUUCAAGCGUUGCAGGAGACUGUUCUUGUAAAUUCUCAAUUCGUUAGCUUUCAUUUAAAAGAUCAAAAAUUGAGACUUGAUCGUGCGUUGAUUUCAUAUCAAAAUGAACAAAAGAAACAAGUUGACCGCUGGCUCAGUUCUUGCUCGAAACAAUUAAAGGAUAUUGACGAAGAUGCUGUUGGUUUAGAAGCUUCUAAUGUUGAGUAUAGAAAAGUCCAGCAACUGACGAGAGAUGUUAGAUUGGGGGAGCCUCAGUUCCAGCAUUUCAAACAACUGUCUGAAAGAAUGAUUGAACUGAAAGUAUUUGAAGAAAAGAAACUGGAUGAAACGGAGAAAUAUGUCGUUAAUUAUACUACAAUGUACAAUGAUCUUCGAAGAGAAAUCAAACGCAAGGAUAAAAGAUUGUAUGUCACAUUGUUGAAGUCAAUUUCUCUUCCGCUUGAGUCCAUUGAAAUGGCCGUGAACGAAGCAGAGACAUGGGUUGAGCCUGAAGAACUUUCCCCGGAAUAUAACGAAGCCAAGGAACAGUUGAAGAAAAUGAAGACGUCAGUAUUCGUCAUUGAAACGUUGCAUACAAGGUCUAUUCAUAUUUUAAAAGAAACAGGAAAAAUUGUCAGCGAACACGAGUAUCUUAAAAAUGACGAUAAAGAAAAUAUUGUACAGCGCAUUCAAACUGUCACACCAAAGACAGAAUCGCUUCCUGCCUUUGCUCUUAACAAGUACAAAAGAUUGAAUCGCGAGUUCCUGUUAUUGACUGAAAGCCUUGUUGAAAAUCAUGAAAAUUGGAUGGAGAAAAAUGAAAAAAGGACUGAAUUACCACCGACUGAAAAUGUCGCGGAUCUUGAGGGAUUCGUCAAGCUUCAGGAAAAUCACGAUACGUUUCUUGAAGAGUUAAAACUGCACGAUGUAUCUCAGUUGAUGAAAGAUUCUGAAAACAUGAUUGAGAUAAAAAAGGAAACACUUCAAAAACUUCAUGAUCUUCAUUCAAGAUGGUCGAAUCUUUUUUCUUGGGCAACCAAACGAACUGUGUAUUUGAAAACAGGGAUCGCUGAAUGGCGAGAAUUUGGAGAACAGGCGCAAAGGAUUAAAUAUUUCAUUGAUGCAAGACAGAAGGAUAUCUUAGAAUUAAACGAAAAGAACGAUCCGAGCAAAGAUAACGUUGAAAUUCUUAAGGACAUGCAAGCUGGAUCGUUGGAGAAUUCAUUGGAAAUAUGGAAAUUACAGCAAACAUUGCCGCAUGUUGUCUCAAGUAUUGGAAAUGAUACUGAAGCAAGCAGGAAUAUCGAAGAACAGGAAAAGAUUGUCAUAGAACAAAACAAUCAACUUAUUGAUGAUCUUUCCUCUGCCAUCAACGAGCGUGAAUUACGUCAAUAUCAAGUGGAAACACUUCAACAACAUCUGAACUCCGUCGAUAACUGGAUUGAUGCUACGACAAUCUUGAUUGAUGAUUUCAACGAGGCAGCCACUGAACUGGAAGAAUUCGACAAGACACCGAUAGAAGACGAUGGAGAAUCUGAAUCUGGAAAAAACGUCGAGCGCGCGAAGAUGGUAGAAAAAGUUAAUGAAAUCACAGAGAAAAUUGCACUUCGUCGAGUUAAUACCUCCGAAUAUAAAGCUAAAAUGGAUCACAUUAAUGAAUUGCAUGAAGUACUCUCUACUGGACCUUAUAACACACCACAACUUGGCGAUCAAUUGACGACCAUAAACCAGAAAUGGGACGAUUUUAUUUUUGCCGUUUACAGAGUUGCUUGGAGAAAGAUUGAGGGUGUCAAGUCACUGCAGUCUGUCACCUAUCUUCAUUAUGAUAUGAUGAUACCGAAGCAUGAAGAUUCUGUUGCAGAAGUGGAAACACUGGAUGAAUGGAAGGGAAAGGUGGCCGAUCUCAACAGCAUUGUCAAUGACGUGAAACUGAAAUAUCAGCUACAAAAAAUAAAUGAAUGUGAUUUUGAAAAGAUACAGAAGGAUUUCUCUAGUGUUCAGGAAUUCCAAAAAGAAAUUGACGAUGAUAUUUUACCAAAACUCGAAGUCGUACGUCUCGCUGGUGCUAAACUUUGUAUGCCAGAUGAUGGUCCUGCCUCUAAGGAAACGAAAAAAGAAAUUGCCGUAGCUGUUCUUUCUUUGCAUGAAGAAAUUGAAGGCUUAAGAGUCGUUGUCCAAUUGCACCUCUUCAGACUUGAUGAUAUUGUCUAUACAUAUUUCCACAAGCGCAUUAGGGAGAAUGAGAAAUUGCUGGCUCAAGAAAAAAAUGAAAAAGAGAAAAUAUUUCCUGUCGGAGAGGAUGAUGAAACGAUUGCACUUCAAUUUAAAAUCAUUAAGGAAGCCGAGCUCAGGCAUGAAGAAAAUGAGAAAAUUUUCCAGAAAACUAGUGAACAAUAUUAUGAACUGAAGGAAAGCAAUUUCAUCCAUGAUAGUCAACUUGUGACUUUUGUCGAGGAAAGAUUGAAAAAUUUGUCGGUUGAGAGAAAAACCAUUAGAAAGCUGUACAAUGAAAUAAAACAGAGAACGCGACGAAAUCUUGUCGACAUAUUUACAAAUACUAUGAAUAAGUUGACGAAAUGGUUGAAGAAGAUGGAAAGACAAGAAAAAAAAAUUGAUGAUUCUGUUGAAGAUGUUGAGACAACGUUAGUUGAAUACAAAAAAGUGAAGAGUACUGCGGAAGAUCUAUCGACUGGGGACGAGUUAAAUGCUCGAGUUGUGAAGAUUUUUAAUCAGAUUCAAGUCGAAAUGAUUUGGAGUGAAAGCGAAAUAGAGGAGAAUCAAAUUGAAGUUAAUUUAAUGAGUCAUCGUUAUGAAGUAUUGAAGAAGAAUGUUGAAGAAAAGCAACAAAAACUGGAAACGACAUUAAAAGUGCGUUUGGGAAAUAUACUGGACGCUAGCGAGAAGGAGAUUGCUGAAGCGGAGGCCUGGGAUAAGCCGAGUGGGAUAUCGCGAGAGUUGGGAAAAGCCACAGCGCAGAUACAGGAAUCCAUGGAACACGUGACUGGUGUAAACAAUUUAUACACUGAAACAAUGACGUCAGUGAAACGUCCUCAAGAAAUCAUUGAGUCAGGAGUACUUCCCAAAGAAACGAAUGAAAUGAUUGAUGAAAAACGUCGUGAACUUAUCAAGAGAGUUGGUCGUCUUCCUUCAGUGGAACUUGAGAACCACAGAAGCUUGUACGAGGAAUUUCUGGCGUUACUUCAUGAUAUUCUCAACGAAAGAGAGCAAUGGAUUGAACAGAAUGAUUCCAAUGCUAUGACGUCAUUCGUCUCCGUGUCAAGCUUGGAUGACGUAAAGGAAAAAGUGAAAGAAAGCGAGGAGUUUCUGGCGGAGAUAGAAAAACAGGAUAUGGCAGAAAUCAGGAAGGAAGUUGAGAAGAUGAAUAAUACAGAUUUCAAACUUAAAGCGACAUCAAAAGACCUUGGCAACCGAUUACAGUCUAUCAAACUAUCAGCAGAAAAACGAAGACAAGUGUUACUGUCAAUUCUGGAACAGUGGGAAGAAAUGCGCGAGAAAUUGAAACAUUUGGUUGAGUGGAUGGAUGAAAAAGAUUUAGAAUUAAAGAAAUUGAAGGAUCAAGUUGAUGUAGGCAACGAAGAUGAAGUUAGGAAAGAACUUGGUCAACUUAAGGUGAUACAGUCUCAGAUUGAGAACAAAUCUCCUGAAGUUCUUGAUUUGAAAAAGAUAGUUGGAAACUUGAAGAAUAUUCUCGGAAACGAGUGUGAAGCGAACGCCGUUGUUGAUGAACAAUUGAAAGAUUUCAUGGAAUGUUGGAAUAACAUGGCGAAUGAUGUUCAAGUCAAGAUUGGAGAGCUUGAGUCAUCCGGUCGCCAUCUAAAUGCCAUGCACAGACACAUUGACGACACUCAAGAUUGGAUGGAUGACGUCAUUGAAAUAGUGGACAAAUUUUCAGCCAAUAAGAAACUACUUCAAAGUUUGCCUCCUGAAGAUAUUGUGAAAGAAAAAACUGACCCUUUGGCGCUGAAUGAUUUGGAAGAAAAACCCAAUCAAACUGUGGAAGAGAGACACUUCGAGGAAAAGAGGGAUGUUUCCGAAAGAGUUUUGAAAAGUCAAGAUAUAGAGAAAUUGAACGAGGAAAAUAAGACUCUAAUUAAAGAAUUCGUUAUAAAAUGUGAAGAUCGCGCGGCUUGUGAAGCUUCUGUGAACUGGGCCGAGGAACUCGGGCAGAAUGUAAAGAAGACUUGGAUGAAAACUCCGCAAACGUGUUGAACAUCCGCAUCGAAAAAUUGAAAUCAUCUUGGGAUGAUAUCAACCACAGAAUUGUUGAAUUUUCAAACCUAAAUAA